GAGAUGCAGGAUGUGAUGCAUUUUAACUACACUGCAUGGCCCGAUCACGGUGUGCCCACGGCAAACGCGGCGGAAAGUAUCCUGCAGUUCGUGCACAUGGUCCGGCAGCAAGCUACAAGGAGCAAAGGCCCCAUGAUCAUUCACUGCAGUGCUGGAGUGGGACGGACAGGCACGUUCAUCGCCCUCGACAGACUCCUGCAGCACAUUCGAGAUCACGAGUUCGUUGACAUCUUAGGGCUGGUGUCGGACAUGAGGUCGUACCGGAUGUCUAUGGUCCAGACAGAGGAGCAGUACAUCUUCAUCCACCAGUGUGUGCAGCUGAUGUGGCUGAAGAAGAAGCAGCAGUUCUGCAUCAGCGACGUCAUUUACGAGAAUGUGAGCAAGUCCUAGUUCCGAAUCCGGAGCAGAGAGGACCUGACGUGCACCCACCCUCCCUUGCUUCCAGAGUUUUGGGGGAAGGGGGCCCGACUAGUCACUUGCUAAAAAGAGCCCCUAUUUCGUAGUAUGUGGCCAAGGAGAUGAAUUCUCAUAGAAGCACUGGGAAGACUUAGCCUUAAAGAGCCUACAGUGUCUUUUGGACUCUCACUUCUGGACAUUCACUUCCGGACUACUUUCCACAGAUCUCCAUAAAGGUCAAGACGCCCUACACAGGGCAGGAAGUCCAGAACUUCCGAAGACUUCAGUUGGGCCCUUGGCUGGUUGGGCUGAGUGUUUUGUUAAGUGCAAUAAUUUUUGUCUGUGUGUGAUUUCAUCAGAAAGUUGAAUUGUUUUCUGCCCACACCAAGGAUCAGCCCCAUAGCCCAGGCAGAAAUAGGCAUUGUUAGCAUCAAAUUGUACCUCAUUACUGAAAAGAGGCAUGGCCAGGAAUGAAGAAAUGGCCAUAGUACUGGAAGGGAAUUGAAGCAGCGAUACCUGUACUACAAUAUGAAAUGACCGGAUCAGGAGUGGGGAGGGUGGGUGCAGAAGAGAGGGGUUCUACCUGCAGCCCGACCACAUAGCUUUUCCUAUUCCAAAUACGAAACACUGUCAUUCGACUUCAAAGUAGAGUAGAGAAAACAAUCCGUCUUAAUUGUUCUAGUUCUCGAUGCUUUUCUUCCUUAUUAACAGUUGGGUGUUUCUUCCUUGGCCCUUUCAAGCUAAUGUCCCUGUCCAGGUUCUUCUUCAAGAAACCAGAUCUGGUUCGGAAGCGUUUCAGAUCUGACUCUAAAUCUGUGGUUGUCUGAGCGAUCUUGGUGCCUAGACUUUGCAUUCCUUUUUUUGUUGUUGUUGACAUGCAUACACGUGAGAGCUGUUUCUUUGAGAAUUUUUAGGCUGUGCAAAUGCACUUUCUCUCCCCUCAAGAGCUGGGAAUUGAUGAGAUGAUGGCGAUGAACUAUAGCAUGUGAGGACAAUUACUUGGCUACAGUUUUUUGUAAUAUUGUCAAGCGUCUCUAAGGAUUCCAACAGAGAUUUUUCUUUCUGUUUUCUUUUCUUUUGGGGUUGUCAGUUUCCUUCUAACCAGUGUAACUAGUAACAUUUUAUCCUUUGGAUUUCAUAUAAUUACAGUACAUGGGUGUGUAUUGUGACAUGAAUGCCAUCGUCAAAUGGACGUUGAUGGCAUCGUGAAGCCUGUUACUUUGUGUCACUUCCUGAGAAAUAAGAGGUGAUGGUAUGGAUAGCCAGUGGAAAAGAUUUUGAGUUGCAAGUAAACACAAGCUGGCAGCUGCACUGUGGUGAUGUGGCUCUCUGUGGCUCUCGCGAGCCUUCCCGUGGGUGCUUCCAGGAAGGCCGGCCUCUCUCUGUGUAAUUGAUCAUUGCCUCUCGGUUCCUGAUUGCCUUCCUGAAGCCAUGUAUACUGGAUCAGUUUAAUAAUUUAUCACGACCUUACUGAUAGUGAAGGAUGCCAGAUGAACAGCUCCGCACCCCACCGGCUCUUGUCACUGAGAAGGCCUGGUCACAGCAGACCUUGGCAAAGUUCCUUGCAAGAUGUGGCCAGCGAGUCUCAGUUCCACCUUGCAGGGUGAAUGGCAGAGGAUGUCAACACCCCACAGGUGAACAGCUUGGGCUCCACAGGGGUUGUCAGUUUAUACUCACCUCCCUCCUCCCAUUUCUUGCCUUCCUGUUGCCACCUCCUCCUCUUCUCACUCCUCUCCUUUCCUUCCCUCCUUGGACAUUUAAUAAUGUCACACCACUCUCAGGAACAAACAUGAUUUUUAAAAGGUGGCAAAUAUGUGAGCCAUCCUUGGAGUUUUCACACGUGGGCAGGUCAGGAGUGAAGUGUGCAGUCUUGGAAGAGCCGAUACAAGGUAUAGAUAAGUGGAAGUACAUUUUCUUUUCUUUUUUCUUUUUUUAAGAGAGAUUUUUGCUAUAGGGUGCGUCCACUUGCCAGAGAGACAGAAAGCAAGAAAUCACCU